AUGUCGAAACAAAUGAAGCUGGAGACCUGGAGUGGCGGUUGGGGACUGCCUUCCAUUGACCCGACAUGCUUGGAAAUAAUGGCGUACGCAAAAUUUUCCGGCGUUCCUCUGAAAAUUGUCAGGACUGACAAUCCUGUGAACGGAUUUAUGAAAUCUUUUGGAACCGUUCGAUGCCAGCUUCCGAUUUUCCGUCACGGUGAAACUGUGUAUUAUGAUCCUAAGGAUGUUUUGCUGCACUUCUGCAAAGAGAAUUACAACGCUGAGUUCGGUCAACGAUGUGCUGAUUCAUUGGCUUACGAGCAAAUGGUUCACACAAGGCUGAGUCCUGCUUUAAUGCAUGCGUGGUGGAUAGACGAACGGAAUUAUCAAGACGUUAUUCGUCCCACUCUCGCCAAGAAAUUGCCAUUUCCUCUGAACUAUUUUUAUCCCGGACACACGCAGAGGUGGAUGUUGGAGCGGAUUCGGUUGCACUACGACUUGCCAGGCGACAGCAAGGACGAGGAUAACGAGAACUGGGAAUUCAUUAAGAAAGAUGUGUUCAGGACCGGGAAGGAGUGUUUAAAUUUUUUGUCGCUCAAACUGGGUGACUCGGAGUUUUUUAUGGGAGAGUCCCCCCGAUUCAUCGAUGCCGUGAUAUUUUCGCAUCUUGCCCCGCUGAUGCGAAUCCCGUUGAUCAAAAAUAAUCUCCAGGCGCAUUUGCGAGCUACGCCGAAUCUCGCCAAGUUCGUCGACAGAGUUCUCCAGAGGUACUUUCCAACUGCUCCAGAAGACGUACCUGCUGUAGUUCCGUUACCUGGGAUGGCGGAAAGCAGUCGGCGAAGAAAUUUCUUGAUUUGCCUGGCGGGAUUGGCGUUGAUGUGGAUUUACGCCGUUAGUCACGGACACGUUAGAGUCAAUACCAACAGAUUGAAAAUGACGGAUUUACAAACCCUGGAGUCAGCGGUGGAAGACUUUUACGAAGCGAAUGAAGACGGUGACCAAACCUGA